AUGGGUCGACAAGCAAGGGACAUCUUCGCCACCUUCAAUCUUUCUGCAGAAGAUUCGAAGAAAUUUGAGCUGGUCAAAAAGAAGUUCGACGAUUACUUCAUCACGGAGAUCAACGUUGUCUACGAGAGCGCUUGCUUUCACAAGCGGCACCAGAUGCCUGGCGAGUCAAUUGACCAGUUUAUGACUGCUCUACACGUCUUGGCCGACAAAUGCGAUUUCGGAGAAUUCAAGCAGCGCCUCAUCAGGGACAGGUUCGUCGUGGGCCUGCGGGAUGAAAAACUUUCCGAGUCGCUCCAAAUGGAUCCCAAGCUGUCUCUCGCAACAGCUCUGGCGAGGGCCCGCCUUAAAGAGACCGUUCAGCAGCAGCAAGAACUUCGAAAGUGCAACGAAGUCCACAAAUACACACCGUGCAAGCCAUGUGAGGACGUCAAUGUCGACGCCGUGGGCUACCGCAGGAAACCGCAACGCAGCAAGGAAACCCGGCCGACAUCAGCUCGUUCCGAGGGACCGUGCAUUUUCUGCGGAGGCAACUCGCAGCCAAGGACAGCUUGCCCAGCGAGAGGCCAGAGGUGCUUCAACUGCGGCUUCAAGGGACAUUUCGGCAAGGCGUGCCUCAAAGGGACUUCUCCAGGCUACCAGCGUAAGGUGUGCUAA